GUGUAACAUUAGCGAAAUCGCACUUAAUCGAGACCUCAAACUGUUCUAAAGCUUGCAGGAUACGCGAUGGCCGAUCGUCGCUACGCUCGGCAAACCUCCAGAGGUCGAUCUCCUUCCGCUUGGAGGUCGCGCUCUCCGCCACGAUGGAGAUCUCCCUCUCCAGUUCGUUAUCGUCAAUCUCCAUCCCCGGCUGUUGCUGGACGAUACUCAGCCAGAUCGCAGUCGCCUCGGCAUUGGCGCUCACCUUCCCGUUACCGAAACAGAUCCACGUCGCCACCGCCGAGAGGUGAAAUGUCACCACGUCGACCGAGAUCUCGGUCACCUCCAGCCAAUUACACACGCGAAAUACCAGAAAACCGUCGUCGCAAACUGUUAGCAGAAAAGGUUAUGUCUUUGGAGACAUAUCAUCGACUGUUGCAGGACCCCAAGUCCCCAUGGUCCAAAACUUCAGGAAAUAGAGUCAUGCCCAUUCCAGUUCCCUUAGCUUCCAGUGAAAACACUGGAGAUUACCAACAGAAAUUUGAGUUCUGGUUGGCCCAGAGGAACGUCACUCUAUCAUCGCUCCGAGACAACGUCAUUCAAGAGCGAAACUAUCGCUGUGGGUAUGCCCAAUGGCGUGUGCAGAUGAAAUAUGGACAACCACGGCCUAAAUCAUCUUCUGCAUAUCCUCGACAACGCUCACGCUCCAGAUCUCCCGAACGGUACCGUAAACGAGGUAUCCAGGAGCGAGACCAGUACUCGUCAGCUCGUCCUCGCAGUCCUGAAAGAAUCUCAUCGUAUCAAAGUGAACCCCAGAGCUGCAGCACCUCUGCUCCAGCUACUGCAACGGUGGGCUCAUCGAGGUUUUAUGAUGUACGUCGUCAGGUAUCUAAGAGCUUCAUUGGAUACAGAGACAAAAGCCUCAACAGUGAAGUCUGUUGCAAAAAUUGUGACCGCAAAUGGGAUGAUUUAAACAGACGUUUAAAACAACUCGAAAGUGUCGUAUCUCGAAUUGGUCUGCCACGUCCGAGAGGUACAUUCAAUGGCAGACGCUCUUCGCGUUAUGACGAUUUUGAAUCAUCUCUGAUAGAUCUAACGGAAGAUGUCGAUAUGGAAGCAAAAACUGGUUCAAAUGCCACCCAGUCUGAAGAAAAAGAGAACAACGGAUCAGCUGAAAAUACACCGGAAAAUCAAUCGAGGAGCGUGGAAAUUACGCCCACCGACAGUGAUACGAAUCGCGACAGUCCACCAACCGCGGAGGAUUUGGAUGAACCGACCACAGAACCCGGUGAUGAACUCGAAUCGAAGUUAGCACCAGAACUGAGGCUCUUGAUCAAUGCGUACAAUCAACUUAACGACGAUGUGUUAGCGAAGCAAAAAGAGGAGGAAAAAAUGGUCACAGAUAUGGAGUUGGCAAUAGAUGAAGACAAGGCGAACUUGGUGAAGUUGCGAAGCCAAAUUUAUGAGCUUCGAGACGCCAUUAAGAGGCAGAAAGAUGGGCGGGACGCCGCCGUUGUUGCGAUAAUCAUACACACUCAUGCUAAGAAACUGGCAGAGAAUAAGGAAGAGCUUCAAAAGAUAGCAACAUCAGGUGUAUCCAACGAGCAAGAGGAUUUGCAUGAAAAAUGUGCAGGUAUUGCUGCGAAACUCGCAGAAAAAGACAAAGAGCUGGCACGAUUGCAGAAGCAACUCCGGUCACUUAGUUCGUUGCCCAUGAAUACGAAGGAGAGCGAUGGUGCUUUGGGGGAGAGGGAAGCACAUGAACUAUCGAAUAAAAUUCGAUUGGAACAGGCCUCGAAAGCAUCGCUGGAGACUGAGCGCCAGAAGAUCUUCACGAGACUCAUGAAGUCAAGCCGGCAGAUCCAAGCGCUCGUGAUAAAAGAGAUCACCAGUAAAUAACGCGCUCGGCAAACCCAUGUCUGUUGAUGCGGGGAUGUCAGCGCACCAGGAGCCAACUCCCAGCCAAAAAUGUUAUGAAGGCGGCAAACUAGUAGGAGACACUUGUUUAGUUUUUUUUUUUUUACCAAAUUGAAUUGCUAAUUGAAUUAAUUGAAUCAACUGAACUUGUUCGUGAAAC